AUGUGUGGCUGCAGAGCCAGCGUGGCCAGCACAGCGCAUGGCCCCGGGGACCACCCUGCUCCUGCUUCGCCCAGCAAGAGCCCUUCAGCAGCAGGGGACAUGCCCAGACCCAUACCCAUAGCCAAGCAGCUGGCCUCCAUCAAAGCGCUGCGGAAAGGCUCGGAGCUGGAGAAGGCCUUUGCCACGGCCGCCCUGGUGUACAGCAACGCUGCGGACGCGCGCGGCAAGCUGGGCCGGGGGGACGCCAAGCGCCUGCUGCAAACGCAGUUCCUGAGCUUCGUCCAGGGCCAAGAAAACAAACCAAAAUACCAGGAAAUAAUUUCUGCCCUGGAUGAGGAGUCGGAGAACAAAAUGGAUUUUGAAGACUUCAUGAUCCUGUUAGUCAGCGUGGCGCUAAUGUCUGACCUGCUGCAGGAGAUCAGAGAUGUGAAAACCACAAAGUGA